CAGUGGGUUCUCAAAUCGUGACAAAAUUAUAAGAAUCUUUGUCCUACGUGCUUGUGCGAGAAAAAUAUAUGUUUAUAUAUACAGUGAAUGUAGUGAUUCAUUAUAAUUUAUCUUUCUAAUCUCUGUGUUAUUAUGUGUCAUGGCAACCUUGAGGGGAAAUUUAAUUUCGUGAACCUACGUUCACUCAUCGGAUUAUGCGCGUCAAUCAACAAUGGCGGACUACUUAGUAACUAUUUGCGGCAUCAUCGCCUUAUUCGUGGCACUUUAUUAUUACUUCACUGCGACAUUCGAUUAUUGGAAAGUUCGUGGUGUACCUGGGCCACGUCCUUUACCGGUAUUCGGUAAUAUCAAAGAUGUGAUGUUUUUGAGGACAUCGUUGUGCCACUAUUUGAAAAAUCUCUAUGAAGAGUACAAAAAUGAACCAAUGGUUGGAAUAUUCACGAGAAGAACGCCUAUACUCGUCAUUCAAGACCCAGAUUUGAUAAAAGAUGUUUUAAUAAAGGACUUCUUUAAGUUUGCUGAUCGAGGAAUUCCAGUCCACGAAAGAACGGAACCACUGUCUCCACAUCUCUUCAAUUUGGAAGCAGAAAGAUGGCGACCGUUGAGGACCAGGCUUUCGCCUGUAUUCACAACCAACAAGCUCAAAGACAUGUUUCCUUUGAUAUUAGAAUGCGCGAAACAUUUGGAAGUGUACCUCGAUAAAGUGGUGGCUAGGGGAGAACCCAUAGAGUGUCGUGAAUUAACUGCGAAGUACACGACAGAUGUAAUCGGUAGCUGUGCCUUUGGCAUUGACGCGAACGCGCUGUCCGAUGAAGAAAGCGAAUUUCGUCGAGUGGGCAGACAAGUAUUCGCCGUUUCCUUUGGGCAAAUAUUGAGAUUCCGAUUUCGUCAAAUAUUCCCCAGGAUUUACGAUUUGCUCGGCUUCGUACUGCCGCAAACGGAAGUUACAACGUUCCUCACGAACCUUAUCGUGGAUACUAUGAAGUAUAGGGAUGAACAUAACAUCUUGAGGCCUGACUUCGUCAACAUGCUUAUGGAGCUCAAAAAACACCCAGAUAAAUUGGAAAAUAUUAAGCUAACAGAUACUCUGCUAACUGCACAAGCAUUCGUUUUCUUCGUUGCUGGAUUUGAAACUUCUUCAUCAGCUAUGAGCAACGCUCUUUACGAGUUAGCUUUGAACCCUGAAGUGCAAGACAAGUUGCGACAAGAGAUUAAAGAACAUUAUAAGAAACACAAUGGUGAAUUGAAAUAUGACCAAGUGAAAGAGAUGACAUAUCUGGAUCUAGUAUUUCGAGAAACAUUAAGAAAGUAUCCACCUGGAGCAAUUAUACUAAGAAAGUCUGUGUCUAAUUAUACUUUCGAAGGCACGAAAGUUACUAUACCAAAAAAAUCAUACGUAUGGAUACCAUUAUACGCGAUCCACCAUAACCCUGACGUUUAUCCCAAUCCAGAUGCUUUUAUCCCUGAAAGAUUCACUCCUGAAGCCGUUGCAACACGACAUUCUAUGCACUAUUUACCUUUUGGUGAUGGGCCAAGAAAUUGUAUUGGUGCACGAUUUGCAGUUUAUCAAUCGAAAGUUGGCCUUAUAACGAUACUUCGCAAUCACAAAGUCGAAGUUUGUGAAAAAACUAUGAUCCCAUACGUAAUUGACCCAGCUGCUUUUUUACUGGCGCCGAAAGGCGGAAUAUAUUUAAAAUUUACGAAACUAGAAAGUUAGUAAAAAAUUUUCAAAUAUUUUUGAUAACUGCAUACAUCUUACAAUUUUAA